AUGAGUCUUGUGAAAUGUGGAGUGACCAGAGAUGGAGUGGUCAGGGAAGCAGGUGUCAAUCAAACUCAUCAAGUCGUCGAACGUCCGUGUGGUGCUUCGUGUAAAGCUAUCAAAGGUGCUCUUUCGUCCCUACAUCGAAUCGAUGACUUCGAACAUGAAUUUAUUGGAUCUGGAUUUUUUUCUAACAUUUAUAAGGUCAUCCAUAAGACCACAAAGCAGGUGAUGGUGCUGAAGAAGAAUAAAAAAAACACUAAUAGAUCGAACAUUAGGCGAGAGAUUCAACUAAUGAACAAACUCUCACACCCCAACGUCAUCAAAUUCUUUGGAGUUUGCAUAGUUGAUGGUCACAUGCAUGCAUUGGUUGAGUAUAUAAACGGCGGGAGUUUAGAGCAGUUGCUGGCCGACAGAAAUGUGCCACUCUCCUGGACUCUGAGGAUCCACCUGGCCUGCGACAUCGCCAAAGGGGUCAAGUAUCUCCACGCCAGUGGGUACAUGCACCGCGAUUUGACAUCCAAGAAUAUUUUAAUAAAGAAAUAUCCUGACGGCAAGACAGUGGCUGUUGUAGCAGACCUGGGACUUGCCGAUAAGAUCCCAAGUUUACUUUCGAAUUCUGCACCCGUGAUUGUUGGCUCUCCGUACUGGAUGGCCCCAGAAUGCAUUGCUGGGAAGAAGUACAACGAGAAGGCUGAUGUCUUCUCAUAUGGAAUUGUACUCUGCGAGAUCAUUGCCAGGGUUGAGGCCGACCCCGACAUCCUCCCCAGAACGAAGAAAUAUGGCGUCGAUUACGUUGAGUUUAGCAAGAUGUCGUCAGACUGCCCCCUUCAUUUUCUCCACCAGGCCUUUAUAUGUUGUCAGAUCGAUCCCAGCAAACGACCGUCAUUCUGGAAGAUCGUGGGCAGCUUGCAGGUGAUGAAGAGCAGCGCGCAUAUGGCGGUCAUUCUGGCUGACCUCGGCAGAUUGGGUGUGGUCAAUAGCGGCAAGAAUGUUCUUAACAGGAUGUUGCUUGAGAAAAUAUUAGGUUCGUGUCCGUCUCUGUGUCUGUCUGUCUGUGUGUGUCUGUGA